AUGAUGAUGCUCCACUUACGUCACUGGCCACUGGUGCUGGCCAUGGCUUCCUGCCUGCUCUUCCAAGCAGCAACAUCUGCGACACCAGCAACACCAGCAACACCAGCAACACCAGCAACUCCAGCAACAACACCAGUAACAUUAGCCCCACAAACAGCAACAGCAACAUCAUCUUUAUCCUCCAUUCCGGGCAAAUAUCAAGCCUUGGGUGCAGCCCACCAUCAGGCGAAGAAGCUGAAAAUCGGAGCCGUCAAUGCUUCCUCCUCGGAUGCCAAUGGCAAUGUCCAUAAACCUGUAUUCCGGCAAAAUCCGAUCAAGAAUUGGUUCGGUGCCUUCAAUCGCAAUAAUUCGCCGGCAGCUCAGAACCAAACAUCGCCGACAUGUUCCUGCAGGUGCGGAGAGCGCAACGACGAGUCCAGGAUUGUGGGCGGCACGACGACGGGCGUCAGCGAGUAUCCGUGGAUGGCGCGUUUGAGCUACUUCAAUAGGUUCUACUGUGGCGGCACACUGAUCAACGAUCGCUACGUGCUGACGGCGGCGCACUGCGUCAAGGGAUUCAUGUGGUUCAUGAUCAAGGUGACCUUCGGGGAGCACGAUCGUUGCAAUGACAAGGAGCGCCCCGAAACUCGCUUCGUGCUCCGCGCCUUUAGCCAGAAGUUCAGCUUCUCGAACUUCGACAAUGAUAUAGCCCUACUGCGUCUGAACGAUCGGGUGCCGAUCACCAGUUUUAUACGACCGAUCUGCCUGCCACGUGUGGAACAGCGGCAGGAUCUAUUCGUGGGCACAAAGGCGAUUGCAACGGGUUGGGGUACCCUCAAGGAAGAUGGAAAACCCUCGUGUCUGCUGCAGGAGGUUGAGGUGCCCGUUCUCGACAACGACGAGUGCGUCGCCCAAACGAACUACACCCAGAAAAUGAUCACCAAGAACAUGAUGUGCUCGGGCUAUCCGGGCGUGGGCGGUCGUGACAGUUGUCAGGGUGAUUCUGGUGGUCCGCUGGUUCGUCUCCGUCCAGAUGACAAGCGCUUCGAGCAGAUUGGAAUCGUAUCCUGGGGUAAUGGUUGUGCUAGACCCAAUUAUCCAGGAGUUUACACCCGAGUCACGAAAUAUCUGGACUGGAUUGUGGAGAACUCGCGGGACGGCUGCUUCUGCGACGAGGAUUACUAAUAUCAUAAAAAGAGUGCUCAAA